CGGAGAAGCUUCGUUGCACGCGACCUGGUGUGCGAUCUCCGAGUGAGAGGGGGAGGGUGAGAGGAGAAAAAAAAAAUCAGACCUUGCAGAAGAGACUAGGAAGGUUUUUGUUGUUGUUGUUCGGGGCUUUCCCCCUUCGUUGAACUGGGUUGCCAGCACCUCCUCUAACAAGGCACCUCCGAGCCAGUGCAUUGCGAUGUCCCGCCUGCUGCAUGCAGAAGAGUGGGCUGAGGUAAAAGAGUUGGGGGACCACCAUCGCCAUCCCCAGCCGCACCACAUCCCUCAGCUGACGCCACAGCCACCUGCUACCCUACAGGCGAGAGACCAUCCGGUCUACCCGGCAGAACUGUCCCUCCUGGAUAGCACCGACCCACGCGCCUGGCUGACUCCCACUUUGCAGGGCCUCUGCACGGCACGCGCCGCCCAGUAUCUGCUGCAUUCUCCCGAGCUGGGUGCCUCCGAGGCCGCGGCGCCCGGGGACGAGGCUGACGGCCAGGGUGAGCUGGUAAGGAGAAGCGGCUGCGGCGGCCUCAGCAAGAGCCCCGGGCCGGUGAAAGUGCGGGAACAACUGUGCAAGCUGAAGGGCGGGGUUGUAGUAGACGAGCUGGGCUGCAGCCGCCAGCGAGCCCCUUCCAGCAAACAGGUGAAUGGGGUACAGAAGCAAAGGCGACUGGCAGCAAACGCAAGGGAGCGGCGCAGGAUGCACGGGCUGAACCACGCCUUCGACCAGCUGCGCAACGUUAUCCCGUCCUUCAACAACGACAAGAAGCUGUCCAAAUAUGAGACCCUGCAGAUGGCCCAGAUCUACAUCAACGCCCUGUCGGAGUUGCUGCAGACUCCCAGUGUCGGAGAGCAGCCACCGCCGCCAGCAGCCUCCUGCAAAAAUGACCACCAUCACCUUCGCGCAGCCGCCUCUUAUGAAGGAGGAGCAGGCGCCUCUGCGGUAGCUGGGGCUCAGCCAGCCCCGGGAGGGGGCCCGAGACCCACCCCGCCUGGAGCUUGCCGGACUCGCUUCUCCACCCCAGCUUCCUCCGGGGGUUAUUCAGUGCAGCUGGACGCUUUGCACUUUCCAGCUUUCGAGGACCGGGCCCUAACAGCGAUGAUGGCACAGAAGGACCUGUCGCCUUCGCUGCCCGGGGGCAUCCUGCAGCCAGUACCGGAGGACAGCAGCAAAACAUCUCCCAGGUCCCACAGAAGUGACGGAGAGUUUUCCCCCCACUCUCAUUACAGUGACUCUGACGAGGCCAGUUAGGAAGACAACAGCACCCUGAAAACUGAGACAACCAAAAGCCCUUCCCAGCGCGCGGGGAAGUCCCGCGACAAAUAUCCCUUCCACCACCCUUUAAUUUUUGCUCUACGUGAUCUUUGUUAGCAACGAUGUGACUUCGGAGGGCUGCGGCUCUUCCAAACCCCUUCCUCCUACCUUCUGCUUCCUCUGUAUAUAGAUUCAGUGUCAUUAUAUGUACCUUUACAUGUCAUCGUCCCAUAGUCCGUGCUGCCAAUAUGCUGCUAAAAUGUCGUAUCUCUGUCUCUGGUCUGGGUUUCACUUAAUUUUAUACCUUGGGCGUUCAUCCUGGUGUGUUGCGCUCACUCACUCGUAAGGGAGUUAGUCUUCGAAGUUGUUUCCCCAAGCGCAUUCGGUGCUUAACUGAACACGAACUAUUGAGUUGUUAAAAUGCAUGGGACAGAUAAGAGAAUCUGUAGAGCUUAAACACCGAGUGUGUCUAGCGGACCCAGAACACGCACUUCAUCACUGGCUGCUGUGCCGCCUUGAAGAAACUCAACUGCCAAUUGCAGACCAACUUUUGAUUUUAAAAAUAGCCACUCGUAAUCCUUAAACUCUUUGCAAAUGUUUGUUUUUGCAAAUGAAAAUUAAAAAAACAUGUAGUGUCAAAGGCAUUUGGUCAAUUUUAUUUUGCUUUGUUAACAUUAGAAAAGUUAUUUAUUAUCGCGUAUUUGGACCCAUUUCUACUUAUUUGCUUUUUUUUUUUACAUUUUCUACUCGAGAUCAUUUUAUUUUGAUUUAGCAAAUCCAGUUGCCAUUGAUUUAUGUAUGUAUGCUCUUUACAAAUGAUAAAAUAAACUUGAAAAAACCA